UCUUUGCGCUGCUGAGGGAGGGUGGGAAAGAAGGAAGGGGAGGAGCUGCGUCCGCCGGUGGGGCUCGAGGUAGCUCCCAGUUCCCUGACUGGAAGGGAAAGCUCGCCACCUCCCCCCUCUCCCUGCCUUCGUUCACGCGCUGCUGUUUUCCUUACGGGCUCCCUUCCCCCUCCCCCUUGAGGGCUCAGCCUCUGACGUGACCAUCUCAGAGCCGCUCCUGCCUCCUCCUCCUCCGCGAUCUCCUGAGGGGCAGGUGCACAGCCCCCUCCCCGACGGUAGCCCCGAGGAGAAUAUUCAUCACCGCCUCAGAAACGCCUCUUCACACCUCCACACGUUCACAUUCAAGGGGCGGAAGGUGGAGCACCCUUCCUUUCCUCAGCUCCUCAUCGACCGAAGGAGUCCUGAGGCGGUAGGAUGGGCAGUGCCCCUUCUGAAAGAAGUACAUUGAAAACUGGAGAAGAUGAAACAACUAAAAAGGAAAAGGAAAAGCAAUUUUAGUGUUCAGGAAACUCAAACACUUCUUAAAGAAAUUCGCAAAAGGAGAGAAGUGCUUUUUUCUAAACAACUAAAUACAACCAUUAAUGAGAUGAAGCGGAAGGCUUGGGAAGAAAUAGCAGAAUGUGUGAAUGCUGUUGGUGAAGGAGAGCAAAGGACAGGGACAGAAGUCAAAAGGCGAUACCUCGAUUGGAGGGCCCUUAUGAAACGGAAACGACUAAAUACCAACAUAAAGCUUGUGGGUGCUGGUUUUCACCUUCCUUCGUCUGAUUUGGAUGAUUCUCUCAAUGAAGAUAUUGAUGAGAAAAUGGGAUUUCCAAAUGAAUCUGUUUUUGAAUGGCAGAGUAUCACAGACUUCAGAGAAGCAGGCGGAUCUUUAACUGAAAUCAAAGUGGAAGAAGAGGAGGAGGAUCCGCAGAAUUUUGAAUUUCCUAUUGAGGAAGAGGAGGAGAUUUUGUCCUCAGUGUUGCCAGAUUCUAAAAAGGAAAACGACCUUCCCGAUUUCACUCAUAUUGAAGAGUUUGGAAAUCUAAGCUCUGCUCAAGCUAGACUGGCCUAUGAAGAUUCUCAUUUGCUGAUUAGCCUGGAGAAACAAAAGCUAGAGUUAGAGAAACAGCGACUGGAUAUUGAAGCAGAACGCCUGCAAGUUGAGAAGGAGCGCCUGCAGAUCGAAAAAGAGCGGUUGCGGCACAUUGACCUGGAACAUGAGAGGCUUCAGCUGGAAAAGGAGAGAUUACAAAUUGAGCGAGAGAAACUGAGGCUUGAGGCUCUACAUGCUGAAAAACCUGUCCUGGAAAAUGAUCCCAGCCAGUCACCUGCCUUGCAACCUCUGGAUCUAGAAACAGAAAAACUGAAAAUUGAAAAGGAGCGCUUGCAGCUCGAGAAGGAGAGGCUGCAGUUCCUGAAGUUUGAAUCGGAGAAAUUGCAGAUUGAAAAAGAACGCUUGCAAGUGGAGAAGGAGCGCCUUCGAAUUCAAAGGGAAGGGCACUUGCAAUGAAUGUGGAGAAAUCAUGAUUAACAAUGCUGUGCUUGGUUGUUCUUUUUUCCCCCCCAAGGGUAGCUUGGUUUCAGUAAAAGUGUUGGGUAGUCUGGUCUUCAAAGCAUUUCACCAUCCAAGAAAAUCUUGCUUUACAUUGCUUAGAUACUAUGAAGCUUACAUCUUGACAGUACUUUUUUUGUUGUUGCCAGAGUUGAACAUUAAUGUGUUCAAGUUUUAGAAAAGCUAAGGAAUGGUGCUCAGUAAGUCAGUGUGCCUGUGUAAAUGGAGCUUAUGUGUGAAAUUGCAUUUCAGUGUAAGAGAAGUGUUAAUGUCCUCUUGCAUUGUCUGUUGUAUAGCUUUACAUCCACAUUAAGCAUCAAGGCUUAGCUGCAUCUUGUCAUUUUUAAGAGUGUUACUCUAAAUCCAUAGGAUCUUUCAACACAAAUUUGCAUCUGAUCUGAAGGAAUGAUAUUAAAGCUAGGCCUUUUGCUUGAUAUAGUGUUAACCCUGAAAGCAAUUCCUUUAAUAUGAGGUGUGUUCUUCUCUAGAGCAAUUUUGAAAGGUCAGACUUUGAGGCUCUCAGUAGUUUUUCUAGUCAGUAUGUUUGUUAGUAUGAAACACAGAUUUCAUCAUUUAUUUCUAAGCUAGACCUUAGAACCUCUGGCUUCUGUAGAUUUGGUGGCCUACUUUGACAUUCAAAUGUUUGAGCAGAAAUAUAUCUUGUGGAAUUUACACAGAUUAUUUGUACAUGUCAGUUUAUUUAUAUCACUAUGUAAUUACUUUUAUUUUG